GGCGGAGACUACCGAGCGUGCGUCAAACCGCUCAGAGUUUAAUAAAAAGGAAGGGCGGGGAAAUAUCGGGGCAAUGUAGUUUGUGCGACUUUUAUUGCUGCUGUGAUAUAACCCAGCUAGCCCUUUGACUGUUGUAUUGUUUGGAGAGAGCAGUGCGCGUCAAUGAAAGGUUUAGAGAAAGUUGUUGCUGAGUUGUGUGUGAGUACUUAACAGCGCUCCUGGCUCGUCUGCUCCUGUCAUCAUUACGCACGGGAGGAAUCCCGCUCCAGGAGAGACAACACAACGUUGAGAACAGGACUGUUGAGAAACAGUAGUGGAACAGAGAAGAAAACCUUCACUUUCGCAUCAUGAAGACUGGAGGGACUGAGUGUGAGCCUGUUGAGAGACUGUCCUGGGGCUUUACUGGAGGUCAAGGGAGGAUUAGGCUGUCUCUAGCCCACCCAGGGCUGCUGCUUCUGGGGAUGGUACUGCUGGUCCUCCUGCCUUCUGGAGAAAGUGUCAAACAGAGUGUCCCCAGAGUCCAACUCAGCUACAAAGAGCUGGUCCAGAGUGGUAGUGUAUCAGUGUUCCUGAGUCCUACUGAUGGUCUCCAUUCCCACUCAGUGUUGUUGGAUGAGGAGAGAGGCAGGCUGCUGCUGGGAACCAGAGACUCAGUUUACCUACUGGACCCUGACCACCUCAGUAGAGCCCCCAGGAAGAUCAGCUGGCCAGCCCCCAGAGACAGAGUUGAGAUGUGUAAACUGGCCGGCAAGAGUGCUCAUUUGGAGUGUGGCAAUUUUGUGCGUGUGCUCCACAACUAUAACCACACCCAUCUGUACGCCUGUGGGACUGGAGCCUUCCACCCCAUUUGUGCCUUCAUUGAGAUCUCAGGACGCAGAGAGGAGGGUGUGUUCCAGUUGUUGUCCGGUACAGUGGAGUCUGGGAGGCUGAAAUGUCCUUACGACCCCAGGCAACCUUUCACCUCUGUACUCACAGAUCAAUUCCUGUAUGCGGGCACAGCAUCAGACUUCCUGGGUAAAGACACAACAUUUACCCGCUCCCUGGGCCCGCCCCCUGACCAGCACUAUAUACGCACUGAGAUCUCCGAGGACUACUGGAUCAACGAGGCCAGGUUUAUAUCAGCUCACCCUGUGUCCGACACCUACAACCCUGACGAUGACAAGAUCUACUUCUUCUUCCGAGAGUCAUCACGGGACAGGAGCGAUAAGAGUGUCCUGUCCCGCGUAGCACGCGUCUGCAAGAAUGACGUGGGAGGGUUGAGGAGUCUGACCAAUAAGUGGACGACGUUCCUCAAAGCCAGACUGGUGUGUUCCAUCCCUGGACCCGAAGGAGUGGACACACACUUUGACGAGCUCCAGGACAUAUUCAUGCUUCCCUCUAGAGAUGAGAAGAACCCUGUAGUGUAUGGAAUCUUCACCACCUCCAGCUCUGUGUUCCGCGGCUCGGCGGUGUGUGUGUACAGCAUGGCUGACAUACGAGCUGUGUUCAACGGACCCUACGCUCACAAGGAGGGACCUGACCAUCGCUGGGUAGAAUACGAGGGGAGAAUACCUUACCCUCGCCCUGGAACGUGUCCCAGUAAGACAUAUGACCCCAGGAUAAAAACCACCAAGGACUUCUCAGACGAGGUGGUCAGCUUCAUCCGCUUCCACCCACUCAUGUUCCGCUCUGUCUACCCCCUGACCGGCCGGCCCGUGUUCACACGUGUACGUGUCGACUACACACUGACACAGAUAGUGGUGGACCGCGUCAUGGCUGAGGAUGGACAGUAUGAAAUCAUGUUUCUGGGUACAGAUGCUGGGUCAGUGCUGAAGGUGGUGAGCAUCACUCAGGAGAAUUGGUCCACUGAGGAGGUGAUUUUGGAGGAACUCCAGGUGUUCCAGACUCCCACUCCAAUCCUGAGUAUGGAGAUCUCUUCGAAACAGCAACAGCUAUACGUGGGUUCGGGGGCGGGGCUAGCCCAGGUGUCACUGAGCAGAUGUCACCUGUAUGGUCAGGUGUGUGCAGAGUGCUGCCUCGCAAGAGACCCCUACUGUGCCUGGGACGGACACACCUGCUCACGGUACAUCCCAGCAUCCAAGAGGAGAGCUAGGAGACAAGACAUUAAACAUGGAGACCCAUCCAGCCAGUGUUGGGACACAGAUGACACUCUGCGUGGAGGCAGGGUGGAGGAGAGGAUAAUGUUUGGGGUGGAGAAUAACUCAACCUUCCUGGAGUGUCUCCCCAAAUCACAACAGGCCACCAUACGCUGGUUCAUACACAGACCUGGAGCUGAACACAGAGAGGAGGUGAGGCCAGAUGACAGAGUGGUCCUUACAGACCGUGGUUUUCUCAUCCGCUCUCUCCAUCCUGCCGACGCUGGCGUGUAUGUGUGUGUGGCACAGGAACACACUCACUUCACACACACUUUGCUCCGCCUUACACUUCGUCUCAUUCCCUAUGGGCAUCUGGAUGGGCGGACCAAGCCCAGCGAGGACCCCAGCGUUGAAGUUCGCCCCGGGACUGAGUCUCGUCAACGCUAUAAGGAUUAUCUGCGUGUGAUGAGUUCUCCCAUUGGCUCGCUGGAGGACUACUGUGAUUCGCUGUGGCUGGAAAAGAGGCCGGCCAAUAGGAGAGGGGGGAGAGGGCAAGGGGCAGGAAAAUGGAAACACAUCCAGGAGCUGAAGAAGAGCAGGAACAGACGACACCAUGGAGAGAGGGGUGCAGAGAGGGAUAAAGAAAAGGAUGGCGAGAGGGUAGGGCAGUGGAGGAGUGGAUGAAGUGGUGAGGGUAACAAAGAGGAGGAGUUGCUACUGAAACAGCAGUAGCCAAAAGUGUAAUCAGUCAAAAUAUUAGGGGAGACCAUCAAUGUUUAUAGGUGUAAGAGGGGACAAUAGGGAAUAUGAUCAUGUUUAGUUGAGGGACAGUUAUAACGACAUGGGAACUAGGAUCCUGCAGUUGAUAAUAUGGACUACGAUAGACUCUUCUUACAGAGGUAUAAUCUUCUUUCAUACCAGUCAAACACUCAUAGGGCUCACGUAGGCCUGGCUUCUCAAACUACACUACCCAUGAUCCCUAUGGCUGUGUCUCAAUAGUGUCUCAGUGCCUUUACUGACGUAUCAAAGUAACCUUAUUUAAAACCUCUUGCGGCGAGCCAUCCCGGAUCCGGGAUCGUGACUACAGUCUCAAGCUCAUUACCAUAACGCAAAAUGCAAAAAAUAUUCUUAGAAAUAUUUAACCUCCACACAUUAACAAGUCCAAUAGCUCAAAUGAAAGAUAAACACCUUGUUCAUCUACCCAGCAAGUCAGAUUUCUAAAAUGUUUUACGGCGAAAACAUAGCACAUAUUUAUGUCAAACCAACACCAAAGACACAGCCGAUAUACAGCCAUUUUGUCGAACAAUAGAUGCAAUCACAAACGCAGGAUUAAAAGAAAAAUAAUUCACUAACUUUUUGAAAAUCUUCAUCAGAUGACAGUAAUAGGACAUGUUACACAGUACAUUUAUGUUUUUUUCAAUAAUAUGCCAUUUAUAUCCAUAAAUCUCUGUUUACAAUGACGACAUUUUCAAAAAAUGCUACUCAAAUGUCCGGAGAAAUGAUGAUAGCUCCGACAGAUAACGUCAGAUAACAAGCAAUACACAUGACUAAAUAUACAUGUUCUACAUAUAGUUACAAAGAUACACUUCUUCUUAAUGCAACCGCUGUGUUACAUUUAUUUUUAACGUUACAGAAUUCGUUCACUAGGCUAUAAUAUGAGACGGCGCUCAGGUAUUAGCAGUAUGUCUCCUCUACGUUUGGAGUCCACAGAAACCCAAAAUAACCACAUAAAUAUUCCCUUACCUUUGAUGUUCUUCGAUCAGAAGACGUGGAAGGAAUCGUACUUACCCAAUACAUCGUUUGGUUUCAAGUUGUGUGUCUCUGUAUUAGCAUAUGCUAACAGCUUCAGCUGAAAUGCAUCCAAAAUGACUUCUGGUCCCGCACUUUUGUGCAUCAAAACUUCAAAAUUACAUAUCAUAUGUCGACUAAACUGGUCAAACUAAGUGCAGAAUCAAGCUUUAGGAUGUUUUAAACGUGUAAAACAAUUAUCAGCACGAACAGACAAACCGACAUCAAUUGGUGAAACCUGGAACAAAAGAGAGCUCCAAUUCAGGGGCGCGCAUGUAAGUGCAUGUAUUUUCGCGUGACCCGAACGUUUUAGCCCGCCAAAGGACGAGGCCCGCGCGAUUCUCACAAUGAACACCCCAUUGAAAGCAGACAUCGCGCUGAAGACAUAGAAACUGUUCCCAGAUCCGUAGCUGGUUGGGAAGGGUGGGGGCGAUGACGUCAAAGUUGUCCCAACUUUUCUGUUGCCAAGAGAGAGUUUGGGAGAAUGGCUGCCCUGAGAGUUCUGCUUUACAUACAGACAUAAUUUAAACGGUUUUAGAAACUUUAGAGUGUUUUCUAUUCAAUAAUAAUUAUUAUAUGCAUAUAUUAGCAAUUUUGGACAAAAUGUUUUUCUGUUUACUAUGGGCACGCACUUCCUCCAAAGGGGACAGUAUUCAGCCCGAAGGGCUGCAGCUAAUGUCAAAAGUUAUUUUAAAUUCCAGCGAAAGUUUAGACCUUGUCUGCCGAAUUUGGGACUUUGGAGAGUGUUUAGAAUCAUUGUGUUUUGAUCGUAGUACACGUCAACGAUGUAGUUGUACAUUUAAGGGGAACAUCACUGCAAUCACUUUGCCUUAGUUGUCAAACUGAUAUUGGCUACACUUGCUACAAACAACUUUUUUGACUAUUUGAACUACCGCCCUUGCAAGCUAGCAAGCAUUAACUAACUAAGCUGGCUUUCGGUGGGGGGGUAGGUUUGUUCAAAGUCUAAGGUAUAAUCCCCAGAGUGUGACAUGGCCUUGACAUUAGCUGCAUCCCUUCUAGCCAUAACUCUAUUUUAGCCGAAUGAGACGUGCCCAGAGCUCAGUGUUUUGUGUCUUAAUCAGAUGCAUUCAUGUUGAAUGACUGUAAAUACUUCUAUAACAUGUACAGGUGAAACUGCAUGCUCUAGUUAAGCUUAGAUAGGACAUAUUCUACUGCUACUAUGAUAAUCACAUAUUAUGUCUAGAAUGAACAAAGAAUCAUAUUUUUGUACAAAGUGAAUGUUUCUCUUUUUGUAGGUAGAUUUAUUUUGGUAGAGUCUGAAAGUUCUGUAAAUAAACUAUUGUCUUAUAAUUUAU